CGCGUGUGCCGCAGACUGGAUUCCGAGCAGUUGGAUUUUGGGGAUCUUCUCGACCACCCCGUCGACCGAUCGACCAUGCAAGCCAUCGUCCUGUACCUCUACGUGAUCGUGCGCUCGUACUGUGCAUGGCUCUGGCUGCGGCUCUGCCGCUGGAUCCAGCAGCCACCUCGCGCGAUCCUGCCCACCAGCGAGUACCGCCACAAGAUCGUCAUCAUCGGCGACGGCUUUGCAGCUGGGUAUGGCGACUACAUCAACUUUGACUCGCCUGGUGGCCUCGCCAAGUACCUCCACGCCGCAAUGGCCCAAGAAGCCAAGAUCCGCCACAACUGGCAGGUCAUCAACCGGGGCAUUGUCGACACCGACUCGUCCCAGUGGACGCCCAUGGCCGACACCAAGUACUUUCAAACGGUCUUCUCCAAGAAGGAAUACCGCGACGCCGACAUUGUACUCGUCGUCGUUGGCUCCAUGGACGCCCAACGAUCACCGCCCAUUGAGCCAGAGGUGACGCUGCGCAACAUCAAGAGUAUCUGCGACGCAUUGACGAAGAAGGGGAAGCGCGUCGCCGUCGGCACACUCUGCCACUCGGACAUCAAGGCGAUUAACGUCAAGCAUACCGCGACCAACAAGCUCCUGCGCGACUUUUGCGUCGACACGCAGCAUGACGAGCUACCCGUCAUGUGCGCCCCCGACCUUGCGAUUCCGAUGGUGCGCCGCCCCGAAGCCAAGGCGUUUGACGGCAUUCACUUCAACUCGAGCGGCUACAAGCAGAUUGCCAAAGACGCCAUGGACGUCAUUCAGCCGCUGGCGACCGCGGUCGAGUGGACGACGUGGAAAAAGAAGCUUGAUGGCAUGCACGUCGAUCCUGCCUUGUACGAUUAAGAAGAGGAAUGGGACUGCCGUUGAUUCCACCACAAGCUUGGCGUCGGUAGAACCAAGCAAGGAGAUAUCGCAAAACAAACAAGCGCAUUCAUAUACAUGGCCCAAGUACACAUA